UGCUGGCCCUGGUGCUGGUGGCCGCUCUGUGGGGUGGCACGCAGCCAAUGCUGAAGCGGGCUUCUGCUGGCCUGCAGCGGGUUCAUGAGCGUACCUGGGCCCAGCAGUUACUGCAGGAGAUGAAGACCCUCUUCUUGAAUACUGAGUACCUGAUGCCCUUUCUCCUCAACCAGUGUGGCUCCCUUCUCUACUACCUCACCUUGGCAUCCACAGAUCUAACCCUAGCUGUGCCCAUCUGUAACUCUCUGGCCAUCGUCUUCACACUGAUUGUUGGAAAGUUACUUGGAGAAGAGAUUGGUGGAAAACGAGCAGUCGCAGGCAUGGUGCUCACCGUGACAGGAAUUGCGCUCUGCAUCACAAGCUCAGUGAGCAAGACCUAGGGGCAACCAACUACCCUCUGAGCGGGCAGACCCCACCCUCCAGCUCUGCUGUCUCCAGGAAGCCCCUGGCCCAUGAGAUGCAGGCAUGAGCAGAGACCCAGCACUUCCCCUGUCUGAGCCUCAGCUUCUUCAUCUCUUAUGUGGUAAUAGCUACCUCAUGGAUCACAAUCAGAGAACAGAGUGAAAGGGUUCUAUAACCUUCAGGUGCUGUUCAGCUACUAGGAUUUAGCACAGGAGACUUCACACUCACUGGCAGCAGCUCCCUUCCUGCUGUCCUCUCAGGCCCCCCGACCAGCCCCCAUUACUAUAGCCUGACCUGGUCCAUUGCAAGGGCAGGACUGGUGAACUACAGAGCCCCAGCAGCGUGGAGAGGACCACCGUAGUCUUUGAGUCAGAAAUGCAAACAGGAGGCCCCAGGGCUCAGUCAGAGUGCCUUGGCUGACUGAAGGGGUGGAACUGAGGAGAGAAGAGGCAGGUGUAGGGGAAAUGAGCUGUCGGUUAGCCUUGCAUGUCCCACCCAUGAAACGAGCGGGAUUCCUCAACUGCCAGCCCCUCUCAAAUGGUAGGACAACUGU